GACAUUUUUAAAGGCCGGGUGCGCGCGCACAACGGGUGUGUGCGCGCGUGUGCGCGCGCGAAUGGGUGCGCCUCCCUGAGAGAGUCACGUGACCAAAGGCAAACAGUCCGAACUGCGCGAGAGUUUCUUCCGCAAACUUUUAUCCAAGAGCUGCGGCGCCGCGAGACGAGCGAAGAAGAAGACGAAGACGAUAGCACAGUCCAGCUACACUGAAACCGAGCUAGUCCGGACGGCAGCGGAGAUGGCAAACCAGCUGGAGAGGCUCGUCGCCGAAAAGAAGGACGUGGUGGAGCACGUGAUGGAGGUGUUCGAGCAGGGCGCCGAGGUGGUGGCCAGCAUCGCAGGUGACCUCUUCCCCGUCUUCUCCAUCGCCGCGCCCAUCGUGAUGCUGGCGCUGGACAACGUGGAGAGCAAGGAGGCCAUCUUCAUGAAGGAGCAGUUCCAGAAGGUCCGGGACCGCCUGGAGGUGAUCUCUGAGGAGAACCGGCGCAUCAACGACGAGAUCAAGAAGAGCGGCGUGGACGCGGCGUACUUCUCCGUGGAGGAGAACAUCACCAACCAGUUCAGGAAGUACAUGGACAUCCUCAACGCCAAGCCCAAGUUCCGGGAGGUGAAGAAGAAGCUGUUCCUGGAGCACUUCGCCAAAACCGGCGGCGACAAGAACCUGAACAUGCUGUACAACGCCGUGACGGGCGAGAACUUCAGCGGCGAGUCCAUCCUGGAGAUCACCGUCAACUACGAGGAGAAGAGCCGGCGGCCGGUGGAGGACUUCUGCGCCCGGCUGAAGAAGCUGUUCUGCGUGGGGCUGAUCGCGCUGCUGGGCCACGCCGCCCUGAAGGGCUACGAGGACGAGGACAAGGCGCUGCUGGAGGACUGGGGUCAGAAGAUGAGCGCCGUGCAGCUGAGGAUGGACGCCGCCGUCCAGGACUGCGUCCAGAGCUUCCCCAAGCAGGCCGAGCUGGACUGCCGGCGCCUGGUGAGGGACCGGCCCGACCUGACCGCCCAGCAGCUGGCCGACGCCCUGGUCCACGACCUCCGCCGCAAGUACGACUGGGUCAGCUGGUCGGCGCGGGUGUUCCGCUCGCCGUCCGGCCUGUUCUCCAGCAAGAAGGACUUCCACUGCCCCACCGGCAAGAGCCGCUUCCGGGUGCCGGCGUCCGACGACAAGCUGAACGUGUGGGUGUCCUACAGCGCCGCGCCGGCGCCGGUGGACCGGGGCGCCGUGCAGCAGCUCCUGCAGGCGCAGAGGAAGCUGGCGGUGGUGGGCGUGGCCGAGGCGCUGUUCGAGGCGCUGCCGGGAGACUGGGUGGUUCACAGCGUGAAGACCAGCAGGGACCUGGCCUGCGCCUGGAGCUUCCAGGACCUGGACCACUACUGGGAGGAACACAAGAACCUCCACGUCUGCGUCCACGCCGCCUGACGGCGCACGCCCCCACGUUCUCCGCUCCGAGGGAAGAACGCCGAGCAGAACCUCGCUCCCACGUUCCUCUCCGGCUCUAUUUCCCAGACAGACGUUCCUCCAGAGACUUAUUCGUCCAGAGAAGUUAUUAAGAAAUCAAAACAAAACUUCAACUGAAACUUUUAACAGCUUUUAUUAUGAAGAGCAAACAACAGCACAAGCCUGAACCCGAACCCUAAACCCUGAACCUGAUCCUGAACCUCGAACCCUGAACCCGGACCCUGACCCCUGUGCCAGCUCUCUCGGGCGCCGCCUCUCGGACUCUGGAAGUUCUGGAUAACACUAACAGUGUUUCCACCGGCCCUGCGCUACUCGACUCAACUCGGCUUGGUUCAUCUCCAUGGAUACCGUUUUCAGUGGGCGGGGAAACGAAUCACAAAGCAUAAAAAUGUCGGUACUUCGGGUAUUGGAUUUCACUUGAGAUGCAGCUGGUCGCUGAUUGGUCAGUGAUUUUGACCAAUCAGUGACCAGUAUGUGUCUGACGUGUCAUUUCCAGCCUGACUCGGCCCGACUCGGCCCUACUGUUGAACAGGGCCGAAAACCGACCCGGGUUGCGGUAAAGCGGGCUGAUGGAAACGCCCACAAGCGGAGCCGAGUCGAGUCGAGUCGAGUCGAGUCGAGUCGAGUCGAGUCGGGCCGGUGGAACAAACGUUCUGUUGCUGGUGGAGACUUCAUGUUCUUCUCUUGUAGACCUGAUAGAUCAAAUAUUCUGAUGUUCAAACUUUGCUUUUGUGUCUUUGGUGAUGAAAUAAAUGAUUUUCAUGCAAAAAAUGUUGGAUUUU